GUUAGUCUAUUAUUUGAAAAAACUAUACAUUAUAUGAAUUAUAUAAUGUUCAAUUUAUAUAAUUCCGGAAAUAAUUAAUUUAUGUUUUUUAAAAGAAAUAUAUAUUUUUUAUAUAUUAAUAAUUACUGACUAAUUUUUCUGAAUAAGUAUAUAAAUAUAUAAACUUAUUUAUACACUAUCUAUUUAUUUUAUAUCAAAGAACUAUAAACAGAAUAUUUUGCAUAAAAUCAUGCAAUAAUUUCAUAAAAUGAUAAUAUAUUUAUAUAUAAAAAUUUUUGUGAAAUAAACUGAAGUUGUCUCUCUUUUGUAAGUGUUUCCUAUUUUAUUUCUGGAAAGUUCGAUAAUUCUGAGUCGGCGCAGUUUGAAUAGCUUGCAUAACGUAUAAAGCCAUUAAAGAUUUCGUUUCAGUAUCAGACCAAGCUUGUACGAGUGCGGAUUGUUUAUUGUGUUAUACGAAAUCUAGUGUGCAAAAAAAAAAAAAAAAUGCCACGACGUGGACGUGCAGCAAAUCCUCCACCAAGGACGGUUAGACGAACAUCAGCUCCAGUUGCAGCUCCUGCACAACCUCCUGCACAUGCUCCUGCAGCAGCACCAAUGAUGGCGCAACCUCAGCAGCCAUCCCUCAUGGGACAAAUGGCUGCUACUGCUGGAGGUGUCGCUAUAGGUUCUGCUGUUGGUCAUACUAUUGGACAUGCAGUAACUGGUCUUUUCAGUGGAGGAUCUAGUGAAUCUGCUGUUGCACCUGCAGCACCUGCUGUAGCACAAAGUGCACCAGCUCCUGCACCUAUUGGUGGAGCUUGUGCUUGGGAAGUAAAACAAUUUUUGGAAUGUGCUAAUAAUCAAUCUGAUCUUACAUUGUGCGAAGGAUUUAAUGAAGCUCUUCGUCAAUGCAAAGCAGCUAAUAAUGUAGUUUAAACAAGCAUCUUCCCAAAAGCAUUUGGAUGAUAGAAGAAAUUUAGGAGCUCAGCAUCAUGUGAAUUAAUUUAAUAAAUCUUAUAAAAAUUUGGAUUUAAUUUACAAUAAAUAAAAAUUAUGUUAAAAUUAUCAUUGAUAUGAAUUAGACAAUAUCUUUGUAUGUAUAGAAGUGAAAUAAAUUGACUUCUAUUUACACAUUA